AUGGUUUUUCGCCAAAUUGAAUAUCUUAUUGCAGAAGAAAAAGCAUCACAGAAUGAUGAUAUUGAUAUCAACUCAACUUCAACUUCAACUUCGACUUUAUUCGGUUUGCUAGAUUUUUUCCUAUACUCAACAUUCAUCGUUGGAGUACAAAAGUUCUUCUCGAGUUUCUUGAGUUUGUCGAGUUUUCGGCUUUUUUUUCUUUUCUGCAAACUUUGUUCCGGUGACUCGGAUGUAAAGGGAGAGAAGCAGAUAUCAGAAGGUGAAUCGAGUGUUAGCAGAGACAGUGUGGAGAUUAAGAGGGAUGAAGUUGAGACGGUGAUGGCGAAAAUGGGAAUUUUUUGCAGUGAAGAAAGUGAGGAACUUGAAGAGAAAUAUGGUCGUAAGGAACUUUCUGAAUUGUUUGAAGAGAAUGAGCCAAGUUUUGAGGAAGUGAAGAUGGCUUUUGAUGUUUUUGAUGAGAACAGAGAUGGAUUCAUCGAUGCAAUGGAGUUGAAAAGAGUUAUGUGUAUUUUGGGAUUUAAGGAAGGUUCAGAAGUUGAGAAUUGUCACAAGAUGAUUAAGAAUUUUGAUGAGAGUCAAGAUGGAAGAAUUGAUUUUAUUGAAUUUGUAAAGAUUAUGGAAAACAGAUUAUGUUGA